AUGGGCGGCGAGCUCCUGAGCGCGGCGGCGGCGGGCUACGAAGCGGCGGAGCUCCUCACCCGCGCGGCGGGCCAAGCCUCGCUGCAGUUGCGGCUGGCCAUCGAGGCUGGGAAGUUCCCGCUUUCCUCGGUGUACCGGGGCGAUGAUGGACUGCACGCUGCGCCAAUUCCAAAGGCCACUGGCCCCCGGGGCAGCACGGAGAAGGCGAAGCCAGUGCCCCGGGAGGUGCCCGCAUCCGUGGUGGCAGCGGCCGCCGCCGUGGGGCAGGCAGCUGCUUCCUCAGGGAACUACUCCUUCAGCCCCCCAGGGCGCUCGGUGGGACGCCCUGCAGCGACCGCAGGCACGGGAUCAGCUGCAGGCGCAAGCAUCUGGCUCCGCGCUCCCCAAGGUGUCUCCGCCGAGGCGAGGCUAGCGGCGAGGCUGCCCCAGGCAGACUUCACGUACAUCGACCGACCCUGGCGGCACUUUGUCACCCGCUGGGCCGCCAUUGACGCGGAGCUGCAGAAAGCCUUCGGCGAGGGCGCCUUCACCUUGCUGGACUUGGGCAGCUGCUGCGGCUUCUUCAGCUUGCAGGCGGCGGUGGCCUACCCGGAGUCCUGGGUGCUCGGCGUGGAGGGCUCCGUGGGCAUCGGGAAUGGCACCACGGGAAUUGCUGGGACGCAGGCGCAGAUCAUUGAGACCAAGGCGAUUCAGACGCACCUCAAGUGGAUUCGGCAGCUGAGCCUCUCGAACUGCAUGGUGGCGCCGGAUGUGUGGGACUACAAGAAGGUGUGCGCCUUGGCCGCUGAGAAGCGCCCGCUCUGCGAUGUGAUGCUGCUACUCUCGGUGGUUCACCACAUUGACAACGUCUCCGCAGACCAGUACGCGGCGGAGCAGCUGGGCCAGGUGGAGGGCUCUGUGCAGCUCAUGGCGAACUUGCUGAAGCUCGCCCCCAGGCACUUUGUGGAAUUGCCUGACCAGCCGUGGCUGCAGCACGUGUACGACCACUUCGGCACGGGGCGUGACUUCCUGUCAGCAGCCGCCGAGAAGAGUGGGAAGAAGUGGAGCUUCACGGGCCCACUGGUGAUGUCAGACUGGUACGGCAGGCGCGAGCUUUGGCUCAUGGAGGAGGUAGCCCAGGACUGUCAAGUUCUGACCAGGCCUGAACUUCAGGCUCUCUUCCCCACGUUGCUGCCGGAGGCCAGGGACGCCACCUGUUCCCAUCGAAGAACUCCAAAGGAGAUCCGUCCGGAGUUGUGCCGAGCUCCCUUUGUGCUGUUUGUGUUACCGGAGUUCGGUAUGCAUGAGGUCACUUUAAGGCUGAGCUUCUACUGGCAUCGGCCCUCUUGGGAGACCGUGCAGCGGCAAAGCGAAGAUCCAGAGGUGGUACGGAUCUUUCUCAAUGGCUGCUUCGACCUCAUGCAUGUGGGCCACUUCAAUGCCCUUCGCCAAGCCAAGCGGCUCUUCUACCAGCAGGGCUUCAAAAAGGUGGUGAUGGUGGCGGGGAUCCACUCGGACGCGGCGAUUUGCGGCGCCAAGGGCCCCCCCAUGAUGUCAGACGAGGAGAGGAUCGCCGUGCUGGAAGCCACCAAGUGGGUGGAUGAGCUUGUGACUCACUUGCCCUACGUGUCCAUGUCGCUGUCCAUGGCGGAGGCGCUGCAGGUGCGUUGGCUGUGCCAUGGCGACGACAUGCCGGUCUGCCCAGGCGGCGGCGACAUGUACGCCGAGGUCAUAGAGAGCGGCCGGUUCCAAGUGCUGAAGCGGACGGAAGGGAUCUCCACCACGCAGAUCAUCGAGCGCCUCAUUCAGCAGCAGGGCUGGAACUCCCAUGAUGCGCAGGUUGAGGCCUUGAGCUCUGCGCUGUGCACCACGCAGCGGCUCAGCCAGUUUGCGGAGAGGCAAGAUCUGAAGUCUCUGAGCUCCUCCCAGAGGGUCGUCUACGUGCCGGGGAUCUUCGAUCUGCUGCACCCGGGGCACGUGAGCAUCCUGCGGCAAGCUGCCGAGCUGGGAGACUUCCUGCUGGUGGGCCUUUUCUCCGACGAGGUGGUGCGCCAACAGCGGGGCGCCGCGCCGGUGCUGACGCUGCUGGAGCGGGCCAUGGCGGUGCUGUCCAUGCGCUGGGUGGAUGAUGUGGUGCUGGGCGCUCCCUGGAAAAUCACCCAGGAGCUCCUGGCGUCCAUGAACGUCAGCUGCGUGGUGCUGGGCAGGCCGCCCUCAGCGCCCGCCUCCGAGGCGCAGGAGCAGGUCAGCUUCGCGCGGGAGAAGGGCCUCUUGCGAGAGCUGGAGAGUUCCUUCUCCAUAUCUUCUGAAGCCUUGAAGCAGCGCUUCCUGGCGCGGUCCCAGGAGCUGCUGAAGCGCAACAGCAAGCUCAUGGAGAAGGAACUGAACUACAUCGACAAGAAGGGCUAUGUGCCGGAGGCGGUACAGUACGUGGCCCUGAGCGGGUCCAAUUGGACCAUCCCUCGCCUCGGGUUCGCUGCGGCGCAGGCGGAUGGCGGAGCCGCCCAAAGGAUGGCGGAGCCAAUGCCGGCAGAAAAAGUGAAGCUGUUGUGGGGCGUGGCUCGAUUUGCUGUGAUGCCCGAAAAUCUGGGCAGAGCGGAUGCCGCCGCCCCAGCUGUGGCUCCGCCCCCUACCGCAGCCCCGGCGGCGCCCGCAGCGCCCGUCGCGGCGCCCGUCGCCGCCACCGCGCCGGCACCGGCGCCUGUCGCGGACCCUGCGACGGCGCCCGUUUCAGUGCCCGGGAUAGGAGAACUGAGCCAGGAAGAUAUCGGCGCUGGGCUCAUGAAAGCGCCCACGGCGCUGCUGGCGGCACAUUUGCAGCUCCGCGACGCCAUGCUGAGCGCGGAGACUUUGCAGACGCCGCAGAUUGCGCCCUGA